AUGUCAACGACGACAACGACAACAACGAAGGCUUCACCAAUUCAAUUUGCCUACCGGUCAGUUAGUGGUGUAGAACUGUCGAACGGUCACCCAGAUUACAAGAGUAUAAAAAAAUUUUCAGAAAGAAGCGAUAUCAAGACGUUUCAGUAUAAUAAGGAUGGCCGAUAUUUUGGUUGGGCAUCGUCAGAAAUGGUCGUCGUAAUCGAUGCAGAAACAACCAAAAUAGUAAAAGAGAUUCCACGAAGAAAUGUAGUCGAGAUUGGGUUUUCGCCAAAGGGCACGUAUAUAUCUACUUGGGAACGGCCUGUUAAACUUGAAGAGAACGUCGUUCACAAAAAUCUUAUUUUGUGGGAAGUCGAGUCUGGUGAGGAGCUCAUGUCUUUUACUCAGAAAAGUCAGAAUAAUUGGAACGUUCAAUGGACAGAAGACGAGGCAUUUUUCUGUCGCAUGGUCACAAACGAAGUACAAUUUUUUGAUAGCAAACGAGUGGAUAAAGGUGUGCACUCGAGACUACGUUUAGAGGGAAUCGGUGAUUUUUCAUUGUCACCCGGUAAGAGUCCGUCAAUAGCCGUGUUUAUUCCUGAGAAAAAGACGUUCUUCAAAGCAGAUAAAAUCCAGAUGAAGUGGAAUGACCUCGGGACUAAUUUGUUAGUGUUGACGCAUACCGAUGUGGAUAAGACGAAUAAGUCUUAUUAUGGAGAGACAAAUUUAUAUUUUCUGGCGUCGGCUGGUAACUACGAUUGCCGUGUGCAACUCGAUAAAGAAGGCCCAAUUCACGAUGUCGCGUGGAGUCCCAACUCCAAAGAGUUUAUAGUCGUUUAUGGGUAUAUGCCCGCAAAAGCGACACUAUUCGAUCAUCGUGCAAACACAGCUUACGAGUUUGGCAUAAACCCAAGAAACACCUAA